AUGGCCGGCAUUUUGGAGCAGCAGCCAAAGCCACAGCUGGCAUCGCCAUUGGACAGCACCACUGUCAUGAAGCCAAUAACGCAGCAGCCAAACACGGAGCUCAUCAAGGAAGAUCACCAGCCCUUCUUGUCGGAGAACGCCACUUAUUCUCCCUCGUCUGAUGAUAGCACGGUGAUGAAGCAGAUAACGGCGACACAUGCGCCGGAUGGCCGUGAGGUGGAUGUUAUGCCAAUUCUGCAUAUUGUUGAAGACAUCAUGCAACGAGCUACCCCUUCUUUAAUAUUGAUGCCACAAACUCAACUGGAGCUGGUUGAGCAAACUACCCAUCGUGCUGCAGUUGUUUCUAUGCUUGAAGCUGUCGCAUACACUGUUCAUAGAAUGUCAAGCGAGAUAAACUACAAAUGCUCAAUUGGGGGAGAUGCGCAUGCAACAACACUGGCUCUGUUACAAUCUUUGUCAAGCUACACUUGGGAUGCCAAACUUGUCCUUGUCCUGGCAGCCUUCGCCAUGAGGUACGGCGAGUUCUGGCUCACCACUCAACUCCACACUGUGAAUCCUCUGGCCAAACCAUUGGCACAGCUUAAGCAGCUCCCAAACAUACUGGAACAGACUAAUAUCCUGAAGCCAAGGUUUGAUGCCAUUAAUAAUCUUAUAAAGGCAAUGCUUGAUGUUGCCAAAUGCAUUGUUGAGUUCAGAGAGCUGCCCUCUGAGUACAUAUCUUAUGAUGCACCGGACAUGGCCAUGGCCUUGGCUCAUAUCCCAAUUGCUGUUUAUUGGACCAUCAGAGGGGCCAUUGCAUGUACCUCUCAGAUUGUUGGCCUCAUUGGUCUUGGCCGUGAGUACAUUAGCUCCACUACUGAGGCAUGGGAGCUCUCAAGUUUGGCUCACAAAAUCAACAACAUUUACGGCCACUUAAUUAAGCAAUUGACCAUGUGUCAACAACAAAUUGGUGAGAAGAAGCAUAUGGAGGCCUACCAGACACUAGUGAGACUAUUUGAAACUAUUCACCUUGACAACAUGAAGAUCCUCAGGGCACUCAUGCACUCAAAGGAUGACCUGCCUAUCAUGGACGGCGUCGCCAAGAAAAGAGUCAGCGUCGAAGUACUAAGAAGAAAGAUAGUCAUGUUAUUCAUUUCCGAUCUCGAUAUCACCCAUGAAGAACUUUUCGUUUUGAUUCAAAUAUACAAUGAUACACACCAAGGAAGGGUUGAGAGACACUAUGAUAUAGUAUGGCUUCCUAUCAUUGAUCGUCAUGUUCCUUGGCUACAUGCUAGAGAAGAGAGCUUCAAUAGCUUGACAUCAUCAAUGCCAUGGUACUCGUUGGUGCAUCCUUCAUUGUUGGAUAAGGCGGUUGUGCAGUACAUAAGGAAUGUGUGGCAUUUUAACAAGAAGCCAAUGUUGGUGGUGUUGGAUCCACAGGGGAAGGUGGUGUGCCCCAAUGCAAUGCAUAUGAUGUGGAUUUGGGGUAGUAUAGCCUACCCUUUCACUAGCAACAGGGAGGAGGCUCUAUGGAAGGAAGAGAUUUGGAGGCUUGAAUUAUUAGUCGAUGAAAUUGAUCCUACUAUUCUUCAAUGGGUGACUGAAGGAAGGCAUGUGUGUCUCUAUGGAGGAGAUAACAUAGACUGGAUAAGAAGGUUCACUACAACAAUGAGACGCAUCACUCAAGAAGCAAAAGAUCCCAUUGGAGAUGGUCUACGUAGGCAGGAGCAACCCUAA